GGGUCACCCACCGAGCCCUACGGGACUGUCUUCAGUCCAUUUCCUGGAUGAGCAGAAGCCUCACAAUGAGGGCCCAGUCCCUCUCCCACUUGCCCUGAGCAGGCCCACCCUUAAGGAGAGGGUGAUGGAAGGGCCUUUGGAGGUUGGGGAUGAGUCCCCAGAAUCCCAAGGACAUGCUACUGACUGGAGGUUUGCUGUGUGCAGCUUCAGGGAUGCCUGUGAUGAGGAGGAGCCUGUUCCCCACGUGCAGGUUAAGGACCCCAAUCCUCCAAGAUCACCAGCAGGGACAGCCCAAGGAGAAGGGCUGCAGGACAGCUCCCUGCCUAGGGAGCUUCAGUCACCCCUAGGACCAAUGGCUGUAGAUGGGCAGGGGAAUACACUAGGAGGUUCCUCAGCCCAGUUAGAGAAACCCAUCCCCUCUAGAGCGGAGAGCCUCCUAUGUCCAGUGUCCUCCCACCUCAGCCUUGCACAGGGCGAGAGUGAUAGUCAGGGGGAAGGUUUGGCAAGGGACCAAGUUCCAGGCAGGUUAAUGCCAGCUGGUUUGGGUCCUGAGAGGUUGGACAGUGAUCCUGUGGACCUUGAAGGGCCUCUAUCUGAGACAUCGUCAGAGCUACUGGAGCCAGACCCCAGUGGAUCUCGCCUCCCUAAGCCUGCUAAUUACCUCCUGGCCCAAGACCUUUCCUGGGAGCUGCUGGCCAGUGGCAUGGCUACCUUACCAGGGACUCGGGAUGUAGAAGGCCGGGCAGUGCUGCUUCUGUGUGCCCAUAGCCCAGCCUGGUUUUUCCCCACGUGCGGUAGCCAUGAACUCAUCCGCCUUCUGCUCUAUCUGCGAAGCAUCCCUAGGCCCGAAGUACAGGCCCUGGGAUUGACCGUGCUGGUGGAUGCCCGAGUUCGUCCCCCAAGUUCUUCUCUUUUCUGGGGGCUCAGCCAACUACAAGAAGCAGCCCCAGGAUCAGUGUACCAGGUGCUGCUAGUGGGAAAGAUGCCAGAGGAGGUACCUUCCAGGCUGCAGCUGAAGCAGCUGCCCUCUCAUCAGAGCCUGCUGACCCACAUCUCCACUUCUGGGUUGCCAGCUUCAAUGGGAGGAGGCCUGCCUUACUGCCACCAGACCUGGCUGGACUUCCGAAUGCGUCUGGAAGCCCUACUGCAAAGCUGCCAGGUGGUUUGUACCCUGCUCCACGGGGCCAUUGAGAGCAUGAAGGCUGUGCCCCAGCCCAUGGAGUCUGGGGAAGUUAGUCGGCUGCUACAGCAGGCACGGGUCCUGAUGCAGCACGUGCUAGACUCACCCCGGCUAGCAUGGCUACAGUGCCAGGGGAGUUUGGAGCUGGCAUGGCUGAAGCAAGAGGUCCCAGAGGUGACCCUGAGCCCAGACUACAGGCCAGCAGUGGAUGAAGUUGAUGAGCUCUAUGGCCGUGUAGAUGGACUGCUGCACCAGCUGACCCUGCAGAGUAACCAGCGAGUGCAGGCACUAGAGUUGGUCCAGACUCUGGAGGCCCAGGAGGGUGGGCUGCACCAGAUUGAAGUAUGGCUACAGCAGGUGGGCUGGCCAGCACUUGAGGGGCUAAGGGAGCCCUCCCUGGACAUGCUGCUCCAGGCCCAAGGUCCUUUUCAGGAGCUGGACCAGGUUGCCCAGGAGCAGGUCAGGCGAGGGGAGAAAUUUCUGCAGCCACUGGCUGGCUGGGAGGCUGCUGAACUGGGCCCUGUUGGGGCCCGCUUUCUGGCCCUGCAAGCCCAGCUGAGCGACUUCUCUAGGGCUUUGGCCAAGCGGCGGCAGCGGCUGGCAGAUGCUGAGAGGCUGUUGCAUUUUUUCAAGCAGGCCUCGACAUGGGCUGAGGAGGGGCAGCGGGUGUUGGCACAGCUGGAGCAGGAGUGCCCAGGGGUCGUGCUACAACGGCUGCAGCUGCAUUGGACCAAGCACCCUGACUUGCCUCCUGCCCACUUCCGAAAGAUGUGGGCUCUGGCCACAGGGUUGGGCUCCGAGGGCAUCCGCCAGGAAUGCCGCUGGGCCUGGGCACGCUGCCAGGACACCUGGCUGGCCCUGGACCAGAAACUAGAGGCUGCACUGAAGCCACCACUGACGACGACCACGACGGGCAGCACAGCUAGUCUGUGUGUCAGCCAUGUCCCUGGUGCAUCUGCCACCCCUCCCCUGAGGAAGGCAUAUAGCCUUGAUCAGAAUCUGGGGCAGAGUCUCCGAGAGCUUACUCACCACUGCCACCGUGCGGCCAUUGUGGCUGCUUCCCACGGACCAGAGGCUGGAGGUGGUGCCCAGCCAGGGUCAUCCCCUACCAUGCCUCCACCAGGCAGCUCUAACCCCAGGAGCCCCAACAGGCUCCAGCUGGUGUUGGCAGAGAUGGUGGCUACAGAGCGGGAGUAUGUCCGUGCUCUUGACUACACCAUGGAGAACUACUUCCCUGAGCUGGACCGCCCUGAUGUGCCCCAGGGCCUCCGUGGCCAGCGUGCCCACCUCUUUGGCAACCUGGAGAAGCUGCGGGACUUCCAUUUUCAUUUCUUCCUGCGUGAACUGGAGGCCUGUACCCAGCACCCACCCCGGGUUGCCUAUGCAUUCCUGCGCCAUCGGUUGCAGUUUGGGAUGUAUGCACUCUACAGCAAGAAUAAACCUCGCUCUGAUGCUCUGAUGACCAGCUUUGGUCAUGCCUUCUUCAAGGAUAAGCAGCAAGCACUGGGGGACCACCUGGACUUGGCCUCCUACCUCCUGAAGCCCAUCCAGCGCAUGAGCAAGUAUGCGUUGAUGCUGCAGGAACUGGCCAGGGCCUGCGGGGGUGCCGUGCAGGAGCUGAGUGCCCUGCGGGCCGCCCAGAGCCUUGUGCGCUUCCAGCUGCGACAUGGCAACGACCUGCUAGCCAUGGACGCCAUCCAGGGCUGUGAUGUUAACCUCAAGGAACAGGGUCAGCUGGUGCGACAGGAUGAGUUCAUGGUACGCACUGGGCGCCGUAAGUCCUUGCGCCGUGUUUUCCUCUUUGAGGAGCUACUGCUCUUCAGCAAGCCUCGCCGAGGACCCACGGGCAUUGACACAUAUACCUACAAGCGUUCCUUCAAGAUGGCAGACCUAGGCCUCACUGAGUGCUGUGGGGAUAACAACCUGCGCUUUGAGAUCUGGUUCCGCCGUCGCAAGGCCAAGGACACCUUUGUGCUGCAGGCUGCCAGCUUGGACACCAAGCAGACUUGGACAGCUGACAUUUCUCGUCUGCUCUGGAGGCAGGCUAUCCACAACAAGGAGGUGCGCAUGGCUGAGAUGAUGUCCAUGGGUGUGGGGAACAAGGCCUUUCAGGACAUCGCCCCCAGCGAGGAAGCUAUCAACGACCGCACUGUCAACUAUGUCCUGAAGUGCCGAGAAGUUCGCUCUCGGGCCUCUAUUGCUGUAGCACCGUUUGACUAUGAGAGCCCCUAUCUGGGAGCCUCGAGCUCCCUUCCUGGAGACCCUGCCUCUUGCUCCAUAUUGGGAUCCCUCAACCUACAUCUGUACAGAGACCCGGCGCUUCUGGGACUCCGCUGGCCCCUGUAUUCUCCCAGCUUCCCAGAGGAAGCAGCGCUGGAAGCUGAAGUGGAGCUGGGCAGCCAGCUGUCUUUGACUCCUGACGACUCAGAGGUCUCAUCCCAGUGCCCAUCAGCCAGUGGAUCCAGUGGCUCUGACAGCAGCUAUAUGUCAGGGCAGGCCCUGGGCAGGGGUCUUGAGGACUUUUCCUAUGUCUGAGCCUGGGCUGGAAGGCAGGCAGUGGACCCAGCACCUGGAGGUCCAAGAAAUAUCACCUCUCUCAGGAUCUGCUAUGACCCAAAUGUGGCUGGUACCUGGGCCACCUCCAGCUCACAUGCACUGCGCUAUUGACUACUCCUUUCUGAUGUCUGUGCCCAUUGGCAGACUGGCAGGGACCUCGCUUAGGGAGCCUGGCUGCAAGGCCUGAAUGAGUGCCCUGAUCCUGAGCCUCUGGCCCCAUGUCCCCUUUUAUUCCCUCUCUGGCUUUUACCUGUUACACGUUAGGAUUAGGCUAGAGCAGAAGGUAUGGGUUUCCAUGCUCUAGGCGGGUGGGGUACCAAGUAGAGCAGUGACUGGACAGUGACUGGACUGCCUCACCCCUCAGAGGAACCUAGGUGGUUUCCCAGCAGUUGCUUCCCAAUCCCUGGUCUCAAAGCCAAGCUUCUCAAGCGUAGGGGCAAGCCCACCUCUAUUGUAGCCUUAACUCUUGACUGCCUUGGUUGCCCAAACCCAGCCCUUCUUUCCUGGGUCACUUUGGUUAUAUUUUUUCAACACCUUUUGAAGAGCUUUCAAUUAGAGCUGUUCUCUAAAAUUAUUUCACUUGUUGGUCUUUGGUGUCUCAGAGAGAGAGUCCAGGCCCUUGACUCAUUACUCUUUAUUUAUAAUAAAAAUAGACUGACAUACUUUCA